CCAGACCAAUCACUUUUAUUCACGCCUAUUAUAUAACGUAUUUCGUAUCACACCACAUUUAUCAUUUAUCAACGAUUCUUCGCCUCCUAUUAUGAGAGAAGACUUGAUUCAGAGUGCCAUCGCGUUUUUAAAGGACCCGCAGGUGGCGGGGUCGCCGUUGACCAAGAAGAUCGAGUUCAUCGAAAGCAAGGGUUUGACCCAAGAAGAGGUCCAAGAGGUAUUGCGAAGAAGUAACGAAACUCCGGCUAGCUCGAUUCCUCGGACGUUGAGCGCACCGGUCGCCGCUCCUGUGACAGCCCCGGUGGAAUACUACAACGCUCCGCCUAUCGUGCCAGAAAGAGACUGGAAAGACUAUUUCAUCAUGGCCACCACCAGUGUGGGUGUGGCCUACGGAUUGUACCAGGUCGUGAAGCGCUAUGUGGUGCCAAACAUCAUCCCACCAUCGAAGUCAGAUAUCGAACAGGACAAGCAGAGCAUUGAUGAAGAGUUUUUGCGGAUCGACGUGGUUUUAAAAGAAAUCAGUGACCAAAACGCGAAAACUACGCAGCAGAGUGCGGAAAAAUUGGAAGAGGUGGGCCAGUUGUCGUCCAAAAUUAGCGAAUUUCUCGGCUCCACUUCCAACUUGGCGUCCCAGUCCAAGGAAGAUGUCAAGAUGCUCAAGCUUGAGUUGGAGAAUUUGAAACGCGAGGUCACUUCGGGCUUAUCUGUGCAGAAUAACCGCGUUGACAGCGAACUUUCCUCCAUCCAGCUGGAGUUGGCAUCGUUGAAGCAGUUGAUUUUGUCCAGAAGCAAGACCCAAGAGACCCCGAGCACCGAGUCCCCGGCGCCGUCUAUUUUGACCCGCAAGGUUCCGCCAAUCUCUUCCAUCCCGUCUGCCAAGGAUAUCUUGGCCAAGGAGCAGUUAAAGAAACAAGUCACGCCGCCCGUCGAGCCAGAGGCACAAGAAGUAGCCAAAACAGAAGUCAAGGAGGAAGUCAAGGUUGAGGUAAAGGCUGACACCGGCAUCCCGGCCUGGCAGCAGGCUGCUAACAAGAAGACACCUGGUGACGACGGGAUUCCAGCGUGGCAGAAGGCUUCCAAUGCGUAAUCAAUCUAUCGUUAAUGUUCACUAAUAUAUAUGUUUGGCUUUAAAAAAAAAGCAAUUCGGAGUUUACCCAAUAGGGUUACGUGAAAGAGAAAUCUCUGUGAUUUACUGUUCAAGAUGUAUCUAGUCUGAAUUAUAUCUGCUGCUGUUUCGCUAAGUGAUUGAUAUCACAUGAUUAUCUAACUCCCUCACUCGCCACCAUGACCCGUGAGUGACCAGUAAAUUGACCUCCUGCGAGUUGACCG